AUGCUGCUCUUGGAGGCAAAGCAGAAAAUUCACACUGGAGAGAAGUUCUGCAAAUGUAAAGAAUGUGGCAAAACUUUUAAUGCAAAAUCAUACCUUAUUCACCAUCAGAGAAUUCACACUGGAGAGAAGCCCUACCAAUGUAAAGAAUGUGACAAGACUUUCUAUGAAGGAGCACACCUUACUCAACACCAGAGAACUCUUAAAGGAGAGAAAUCCUUCAAAUGUACAACAUGCAACAAACAUUUUAAUCACAAAUUGAACCUUAUUUGCCAUUAGAGAAUUCAUAAUGGAGAGAAACCCUACCCAUGUAAGGAAUGUGGCAAAGCUUUCUCUCAAAGAACAUGCCUUACUCAACACCAGAAAAUUUAUACUGGAGAGAAGGCAUACCAAUGUAAAGAAUGUGGCAAAGCUUUCUCUCAAGGACCAUACCUUACUCAGCACCAGAGAAUUCAUACUGGAGAGAAGCCCUACCAAUGUAAAGAAUGUGGCAAAACUUUCUCUUUUAAUGACAAAUCAUACCUUAUUUGCCACCAGAGAAUUCAUACUGGAGAGAAGGCAUACCAAUGUAAAGAAUGUGGCAAAGCUUUCUCUCAAAGAUCAUACCUUAGCAGCCACCAGAGAAUUCAUACUGGAGAGAAGGCCUACCAGUGUAAAGAAUGUGGCAAAACUUUUAAUAUAAAUUCAUACCUUAUUUGUCAUCAAAGAAUUCAUACAGAAGAGAGGCCAUACAAAUAUAAAGAAUGUGGAAAAGCUUUUAAUGUAGAAUCAAAACUUAUUGGAUAUCAGGAAAUUCAUACUGGUGAGAAAGCUUAG